UUUAUGGCCGUUGAUACAAAAUGGACCAAGAUGUUUCAAGAUUUAUAUACUUUAUAUUUUUGACAACACUUCUAGUCGAUUUAGGAUCAUGUACACAUUAUUCAAAAUAUAUUGAAUAUGAUAUAGAACAUGGGAAGGACUGUCAUACAAUUGGAUCAAACAAACAGAACAAAGAUAUAGCAGUUAUAGUUAAGAUUACACUCGAUCGUGGAAUCAAUGCUGAUACGCAUUGUAAAUUUGUUAUUAAAGCUAAUAAAGGAGAUGGCUUGUUCGGUGUCAUACAAAAAAUGACAUUCAGACGUAAUAAAACAGAGUGUGUAGAUUAUGUACAGUUUAAGAGAAGCGACAGACAAGAAACACAAAAGUUUUGUGGAAAUUUUGAUCGUAAUACAACUAAAUAUUAUCCAGUCCCUGAACCAGAAAAUAGCACUUAUGAACUUGGAUCCUUUUUUUCUGGAAGUACAUAUGCAGAAUUUGAUAUAGGUGGCAAAUUAGAAACUACAAUAUUUAUUGCCAAAAAGGGAUAUCUAUUCCCAGAAAAAGUUCCUACUCUCAGUAUUGUUUAUACGCCGUAUAAAAAAUGCAAGGGCAACAUUUUGAUAAACUAUACAGCAAUACCUUUUGAUUCAUGUAUUUUACAAGAUUACUUUUGUGAUGGAUAUCAAAAUUGUGCACCAAACAUCUGUCAAGAUGAGGCAACUUGUUCAAAUGCCAAUGACAUCAUUAACAAUACUGGAACAAAAGUAACAGUAGGUGCUGUGACGACAAUAAUUUUGUGUACAAUUCUUUUUGGUGUAUGCAUAUGGGCAUGUAAAAAAAAAGAUUUACUCUUUUGGUCUUCCGAUUGUGCUGGUCCAAGUGCACACUCAUCAUUAUCUAGAUCAGGUGGACAAGAAUCUGGAAGCACUAGUAACCCCCAAGUUCCAACAGCUCCAAUGUUAGAAGUGGUUGUACCACCUCCCGUGUUAGAUAAAGAUCUUCCACCUAGUUAUGAUUCCUUAUUUCCAGAACAGAAUAAUUCUACUAUGCAGUAAAUGUUUAAUGGCUGUUUCUUACUGCAAAUUGAGCACUUAAAUGUGCUACUAAAAAUCCACCAUGAGAACCACCACAAAGUCCCACGUGUGAAGGACUAAGCCAUGGGUACUUAAGUAAAGCUUCUUUAGUGGCAGUAACACAAUCUUUUGCAUCUACAUUGCCUACUUUUCCUUGAAGAUAUUCUACAUUUUUGGAACCCAUUCCAGUAGAACCACGAUAAUUAACUUGUAACACUCCCAGACCUUGAUUGUUUAUUUAAUAUUAGUAAAAAACAAUAGAGAAGAAUAUAGACAUAAAAGGAAAAUUUGUUAUUUACCUAUGAGUGCAAACAAAGAAUAAUCGAAGGAGAAAGAAUUAGUAAAAUUAGAAUGUGGACCUCCAUGUGGUGCUACUAUUAAUGGUACUGAUUCAUCAAUUCCACCUUUUGGUCCAAAAUAGGUAAAAUUAAAUGAUUCUGAAAUAAUUUGUAAUUUAAGAAAAACGAAUUGUAAACAUUUAAAUUUAAUUAUGUAAAUCAUUUAUUUCCUCGUAUGUAUGAUUAUAAUACUUACUGACAUCUUCAUUACUAUCGUACUCAUAAAACGUAUGUUCGUACAUAAGUGACUCAAAACCAUCAAUUUGUAAUGGAGUAGUGACAUUGACUCUAGCAAUAUUUCCAUCACUUAUUGUUAUAGGAUUCAAAUGUCCUACACAAAGACUUGGUGGUGUUAAAAGAGAUGUUUGUAAAAAUGCAAUUAUACCAUUUCUUACAUCUAAGAUGCUGAGAGAACUUUCGUCAUUUUGUAUCUCAGUCAUAGUUUUAUUUUCUGUAUAAAACGUAUCCAAUUAGUAUUAUCAAAACUAUACGAUAUAUAUUGAUAAAUAUAGUAUCUCUUACUUAUAUCGAUUAUAUAAGAACGUAUAUUUGUUUGCUGAGGUGUACUCAAAAACAAAUAUUGACAGUCUUCGCUCCAACAACGUUGUGGUAAUCGACCAUAUAAACCAUAAAAUACUUUUCCAUUAUUAAUAAUUGUAUUGGUAUCAACAAUAUCAACAAGUACAUCAGACUAAAAAGAACGAGAGGAAAUACUUCAAAAAAAGUCACUUCUUUGUUUUAUAAAUGAAUAAAAGAUAUGACGUACUUUUUUUUCAGUAAAUUCAAGAUCAAGAUACAUAAGCCUAUGAACAUUGUGAUGUGGCCCACCAGCAUUUCUUUCUAACCAGACAAGAUGUUUUCCAUCUGGGCUAAUUCUAGGUGAUCGUACUGCACACCCAUCUCUAGAUAGUAGAU